AUGCGACCUCUUCCGGGCGAUGACGCUGCCUUUGGGCAGCCCCGCAUCUCCGAUAGCGACAGCCCCUCAACCUUCCAUCUCCCCGCUGCACCCCCGAUGGCCUAUUUCUUUGCCGACGAGUCUACCGUUGCCUCUUCGCAACACCAGCAGCAUCAGCAGCCGCCGUCUUCGUCGCCUGCCCCAUCGUUCCAGCGGUUCAAAGACGGUAGUGGCAGCAACAGGAAACCCUCGGCCGAGACUGCCGAUCAUUACUCCCCCACCCCCCGCCGCGGCUCUGCUUCAUCGUCUUCUCAAAAUUUCGACGACAACGACACCAGCCCGCCUUGGGGCUCCAGAGGCACCGGCCCUGCCAAGUCGCUGAAGCAUGACGACAGGGACGAGGACGUGGACAAACUAGCCACGCCACAGUCCAAGCCGUCCGUCGCUGCUGUUCCUGCUGCUGCUGCUGUUCCUGCUGCUGCUGCUGCUGCCCCCGCCUCGAACCUGCCAUCCCGUUCCAUGACACCCACCCUGUUCGGGCCCUCGGGCCCCGCCUCAGCUAUCAGCAGCGUCUCGUCGCGGCGGAACUCGCUGACCGGGUCUUUUUCGGAGGACAUGGGCCUCGCUAGCCACGCCCCGAGCCUCGACGGCCGGGAGGAACAGUCGGCGAGCAUGGCUGACAGCGGCAGCGCCCCGCAGCUCAUAAUGCCCAGCAUCCGCAUGCCCAGCCGCCGCCCCUUCACUGGCGAGGGCAAGAGCAUGGGCCGUCUCAAGGUGCUGAUUGCCGGCGACAGCGGCGUCGGCAAGACGUCGCUGGUCAAGGCCAUUGUCCAGUCGUGCGAGCACAUCGUCCACGUCGAUCCCAUCACGCCCCCCCUCGCCUCGUCCAUGGCCCUGGGAAGACACCACCGGGCCAGGAGCAGCAGCAGCCGCCGCCUGUCGUCCGUACGCGGCGGCGAAUCCUCUGCCGCCGCCGCCGCCUCCAGCACGGGCCAGAUCGCCGAGAUCUACGCCAGCACCAAGCCGUAUCCAGAGUGGUGGUCCGAGAUUGACGACUAUCGGGUCUUGAGGCGUAGGAAGAGCCUGGGCGACGCGGUGCUGGAUCGCAAUAUCUGCUUCGUCGAUACCCCGGGUUAUGGCAGCGGUUCAUCUUCUAUAGACACAAUAACGCCCGUCACCCAGUAUAUCGAAGCACAUCUCCGACGCAUGAGCUCCAACUCGCUGAGCGACGGCGACAUGCUGAACCUGCUAGGUGGUGAAGGCGGCAUCCAGGUUGAUGUCGUCUUUUACAUGGUUUCUAACCGACUUCGGCCCGUUGAUAUACAAUAUCUUCGGCAACUUGCACCACUAACCAAUAUUAUCCUUCUGCUCGCCCAGACGGACCUAAUGUCUCCAUCACAGGUUGCCGCGAGCAAGGAACAGAUCCAUAGUCAACUGCGUGAGGCAGGCGUCAGGCCCUUCUCUUUCGCCAUGGCCGCCUCGGCAUCUCCAAGCUUGGCGUCACAAGACUCGUCCAAGCAAGGCCUCUACGCGAUAUCUAGUGCCACCGGGUCAGAUCACGAUAUUAUGGAUGCCAGCCUCUUGAUGAGCCCGGAUUACGUCCAGCCCCUGAUCUCGACAGAACUGACUGCUCUUGUCGAGCAGGUCUUUAGCCAGAACGGAGCAUCGUGGCUCCGUCAUUCCGCAGCCCGCAAAUAUGUUCAGUGGCGAAAGGCGGAGAACCAGCCCGUGUCGAGGCCAAUGUCACUAUAUCAACCCCUGGGAUCGACGAGUGCCGCGGCCGCCGCCUCUUUUGGCUUGGCUAGCGGCCGGCCAUCUCCGCCUCACUCCCUUCACAGCCCUGGAAGUCCCAGCGGCAGCCAGGUUUUGACGCCGCCCAUGGGUGCCACAUCCUCGUACGCCCUCGCACGCAUCACGGACCACACGCAGCGUGAGGAGCGGCUUGCCCAGGUCCGCUUCGCCAACUGGGCGACAGACUUGCAGAAGAGCCUAGCCAGCGAGCGUGCCCAGUAUGCGGCCCUGGCUCGCGGCGAACGCGCCAUCUGGCUCACGGAGAAAAUCAAUGACUGCAUUCAGGAUGGCAGCCUCGUGGCUACGGGUUCGGGCGCUGGGGCACAGGAUGGCGAGAAGAGCAUUUCAAGGAUCCGAGACGAGAUUGAACGGAGGAUGAUGGCAGACCGCCGUCGCAGCGGUAAUUUCGACGCUGGUCUCCAUUCAUCUACAUCGCCACAGAGAGGUCGCGGAAAUCACACUCAUAACCAGGACCCUCUGGGCCUGCUCGAGGUGGCUGCGGACCUGCGCUACAAGGGUCUUAUUGCCCUCGAGCUGUUGGGCAGUCUCGGCGUCCUCGGCGGGCUGGCCAUAUGGGUAACGAAGCACUACAUACACCUCCAGGCGUAUGGGUGGCUGGUCGGCGAGUGGGAAAAGCUUUGGUCUGGCGGCCGCUGA